CGUCCCCCUCUUUCCCGAUACUUGAAAGAAUACAACUCGGAUUGUUGUGAAAUUGCUUCUACAUACUCGUACUGUUACAUAUAUCCGAGAUGCUGUUUUGUUUGAUAUAACCCAGCAGAUCUUUAUCUAUCAUUGCCCCUCCUCCCGCCGCCAUCAUGGCCCAUCCGACCGAAGAUCUUCCCUCCCAUGCCUCUCCGAUGAUCUCCCCGGUCCCACGACCUUCGGCUGGUUAUUUGAGUAACUGGUCAGAACUUCAGGAAGAUGGACCUGGGACUCCGGGCCUCCCAAAUAAUCUGUUAUCGCCCGCCUUCACUCCACCCGCAACACCGGGCGCUGCGACACCGUCUCGCCAUCUCCACGCCGAACCUAAAUCGACCCCAGUCGAUACGUCGCUCGACGAGCCUUCUACCAAACAGCCACGGUUGGUAGAGAGAUUACCGAACGUGGAGUGCUUGGUGCGGGCCAGGAUACCGACAACUUCUGGUGCGGAAAUGUUCCUACACUUGUAUCAGAACGAUUCAGACAAUAAAGAGCAUUUGGCGAUCGUUUUUGGCAACAACAUUCGCAGUCGCAGCUUGGACGCCGAAAGGCCUGGGGAAACGGAGAUGGACCGUAUGAUCAGAGGGGCCUACGUUGGGAGACUUCGACCAGGACGUACGAGUUCGAGAAUUGACCCGGAACCGAAGAAGCGCCCACUCGGAAAGCGUACAAGAAGUGGUUCUGCAUUGAAGAACGUCACCACGGUUCCCGAGGAAGCUGCCGUGUCAGAAGAAGAAGAAGGAGAAACAGAGCAGCCCACUGCUGCUGCUCCCGUACAGUCACCUGUGAGCACGCAGGACCUCGAACGACAGCCUCGAAAGCAGGGCGAAACUGGCCUCGAGCCGGUGCUAGAAUCUUUGGAUCCGAAAGCCCCCGGGAAAGCACCCCUGGUAAGGAUACACUCGGAAUGCUACACCGGCGAAACGGCGUGGUCCGCUCGAUGUGACUGUGGAGAGCAACUGGACGAGGCGGCCCGUUUAAUGUCACUCCCCCGUUCUCCCGGAGGCGUCAUUGUGUACCUGCGACAAGAAGGACGGGGGAUCGGCCUGGCCUCGAAAUUGAAGGCGUACAACCUCCAAGACUUGGGGAACGACACGGUCGAAGCCAACCUUUUGCUUCGACACCCCGCCGACGCGAGGACGUACGGCUUGGCGACCGCCAUCCUCCAGGACCUCGGACUGGGGACCGACACCGACGCACAGAAACCCCCCGAGGAGCGAGGCAUCAGGCUCCUGACGAACAACCCCGACAAGGUCAGGGCGGUCGAAGGACCCAACAAGGAAGUCCGCGUCCGCGAGAGGGUCGCAAUGAUCCCGAUCGCGUGGCGGACGUCGGGAGCGAAGGGUGUCCGAGGAGCAGAGAUCGAAAAAUACCUCGAGACCAAGAUCGGCCGUAUGGGACACAUGAUUCGCGAGUAGGACCUGCACAAGUCACAAGAGAUGAUGAAAAUAGUACACAGCCAGGUGGCAGUAUUUUCUCCAGAUUCGCCCUGUGCAGCCGAAAAGAAAGAUCACUCUACGCAAGCCGGCAUAAAAUUCCUUCAAGGAGUGAUGCUGGGCAUCAGAAACUUGGAACAAAUGAAAAUAUAACAUUUCGGCCAGACCAUUCACAACUGCCAUCAUGAGUUUGGUGUUGGUCUUGUAUACACAGUCUACCGAAGUCCUCCCACUCCUCGAUGGAGAGAACAAUUUACGAAAGGUGUGCAUGCUUUUUUUAUUCGAGCAUGGCGGAUUUUCUCUCGAUCUCAAGCCAUCCUUUAUAUCUUACGAAUGGUUGAGCAAAAAAAGCGGGACUCGACACCAUUCAUCAACCCUCUCCUCGCGAUCCUCCUUCUCUCUUUUUCCCCCUUUCGACAACCCAGUCACCGUCCCCCCCUCAGGGAUCACGAGAAAUCACACCCCCCUUGGAGUCCAAAAUUUUUACAGUUUAUGUUCUUGAGAAGAUGUGACCGGCAAAGUGUGGGAAUACAUAUCCUGAAUAGCUUUUUGCCUACCUUACCUGAAGUGGUACCUUGGGUAGCUUGGUAGGCACUGGUCGGUCGUGGGUACUGGCAUACAGAGAAAAGCUUUGGGGAAGUUUAUCCGUGUAUAUAAAUGCAAAAUCAGGUAAAGGCAAGAAGAUUUUGUCAAGAUGGAAUAUACCAUAUACAUCACAUACUCUGUACAUACAGCAGAAGUGUUUAUUACCUGCUGGUUUUCUUUUC